AUGCAGGCUGUCAUGGCGCAACCCCCGCAAACCUCUGCCUACGGGGCUGUUCCUCUCCGCCGUAAACCCAUAGCAAACCCCGGCAUAUCGGUGCGACCCCCGCAACACCAAUACCACAACGACGGUCAACUAGGACAUUCACGAACGCGCACUACGAGCUCAGGCAUCUUCCCCGCCCAGUCACCCACCGCAAGCACCAUGAACUCGCAAUACCCUACCCAGUACCAGAGCAGUCUCCGCCGAACCCCGACCUCGUCAACGAGCUCUACCACUGGCACGCCGAACCGCUCCAACAGUGGCGCCCUCCGUCGCUCCUCGUCCACCCGCUCCGGCGGCAAUUCGCCCACCUCGUACGUUGCACUCAUGCGGAAACAAAAGGCUACUGUGUGGUGUGACCGGGCCCAAUACGAAGACCCCCGCAUGCUUGCACAGCAACGGCAGGCUAAGAUGCGGGCAAACAUGGAGGUAGCAGGCGGACCCCACCACGUCCCCCCGCGAAGUGCUUCAGGAGGAUCUAGCAUGACCGGCGGUGUGCGGUCCAAGAUUGGGCGUCACCACGGUCUGCCAAAAGCAUCGCUAUAUGCACCUGUCACGUAUGCAGGGUCUGGUGUUCCUAUGCGCCUCAGUGCUUCCGAGGUGGACGAGGGCGACGACGAAGACGCAGGCUCAGUCAAGAAUGGCCAGUACCACCACCGCACAGGUUCAGGCCGUUCCUCGCUCGGUUCAGGACGACGCAUGUCUUACGCCAACCCCACCGGCCGCAUAUCCUCUAACAGCACUCCCCCGCUGAACUCAUCCCCGGACGGCGAGCUCGCCGACCUCAAAGAAGAGCCCACCCCUUCACCAGCCGAAUACGACGUCAACGCGCCCAAUGACAACAGCUACUUCCAACAUACCAAGACCAACACAAGCACAGGCAGUGGCAGUAGUGGGGAACGCAACUUUGGCGAUGUGGGGCAAAUGCCAGCGCCUGGAAUGUUGAAGCCACCCGCUGCAACAGAUAAGAAGGGCAGUAAGGAUGACCUGGUUCGAAGAGGCAGUGUGGACGAGCGGACCAUGACCAUGGGGACGAGGCUCUUCGUCGCAAACCCCGAUCUUAGCGAUUGA